UGGCAAUGUCUUGCCCAUACCAUCCCCUUGAACUUUGUUUCUAAGUUUCUUCCCUUUUGUUGCCUCUUUUCACUUUUCUCCGCUAAAAAAUCACUUACCUUCAACCCUCAUAUACACUGAACUCCUCUGACUUCUAAACGCUCACGCACUAAUAGAAAUGGCAUCAAGCUCUAUGAAAUCUUCACGUAGUUCUGGCUCAUCCUGGACAGCGAAGGAAAACAAGCAAUUCGAAGAGGCUUUAGCCUAUUUUGAUAAGGACACCCCAGACCGCUGGCAAAAUGUGGCCAGGGCUGUGGGUGGGAAGUCAGUGGAGGAAGUGAAGCGGCAUUAUGAGAUCCUUGUGAAGGACAUCAUACAAAUAGAAUCUGAUCAAGUACCUCUGCCCAAUUACAGGUCCACUGCUAGCAAUGGUAGAGGUUGGUAAUGAACGGAGAGAGUGUCAUGCAGGCAUAUGAAGAAUCUAGAGCUCCAAUGAAGUAAAAGUUGCAUCUAUAAAUAUUAUGGGGGUGAAUGUUAUUACAAGAGCAGAUGCAUAAAUGUGAAUGAUAUAGUUUGUUGUAAUGUCUUUCUAGUGUUGUUGAAUCAGUCCAAUAAAUGCAACAAAGAAGAAGCCCUAAGCCCAUGUAACGGAGUAUGCCCUUUCAACUUGUCCCUAUUGUAUGGAAAUUCUCUAAUUCAAGAUGUAAUUUAUAAAGUUUGUACUCUUUAUCAGCUGGGUAUUUA